ACGAUUAUUUCCACCUUUUGGAUAUGAAACAAGCGUAUCCCAUACUUGUUUCCAUAAGAUUAAAAUUAUUGCUAAUAUAAUCAUUUUCAUUAUUCUUAAUUAUUUCUAAUAACUUAACAUAUGUUAAAAAUUACAUCAUUUAUCGGGAUGUACAUUUAUUAGAUUAAAAUUGGCCCAAUUUUGAAAAAAGCAAAUACUUUUCUUAUGAUUAUUUUGUACAAGAUCUGGAUAUUCAUUGGUGUAAUAUUUUCAAUUAUAUAGUGCCGACAUUCGGAAAGUAAACCAUGAGUAUACGAUGAUACGUACUAGAACUUACUAGAGAACUCUUUACUCAACAAAUACGUAAUAUUGAAGCAUGUGGCGAAGCCGCUUGUAAAAACGCCAAUAACCUAAAAGAUUCAUAAAUAUUGAAUCAUGGAAAAUGAAAAUCAAGCUGAAACUUUCAAAGAAGAAGGAAAUGUUGCAUUUAAGAAUGGUGAUUGGGAAACAGCAAUUAUUUUGUAUACAAAAGCGAUAAAUAUAACUAAUGAAGAAACCAGAAAUUUAUCAAUAUAUCUUAAGAACCGAGCUGCUGCAUAUUUGAAGAUAGAAAAGUAUGAAGCUGCUUUAAAUGACUGUGAUAAAAGUUUAAAAAUUGUAACAACGGAUCCAAAGGCUCUUUUUAGAAGAUGUCAAGCUUUGGAAGCCUUACAAAGAUAUGAAGAAGCAUAUAGAGACGCAACGCAAAUAUUUAAAGAUGAUCCUACAAAUAAAACUAUUCAACCGAUAUUGCAAAGACUAUUCAAAAUAGUACAAGAAAGGGCACGACAAAAUGAACUACUAAGUAGCAAACUGGAGAGCAUGUUAAAAAUUGCUUUUGAUUUGAGUGAAACUAUUGAGAAAAGGGAAACUGCCAUGAAUAAUUUACUUGUAUUGGCAAGACAAUCUUCAGGGGCUGAACUGAUGAUGAAAUCCACAAUAGUGCAACAAGUUAAAAAUCUUAUCAAGGUAGACAAAAACAGAGUAAUUACAACUGCCGGCAUUCGAAUCAUCGGCGAACUUUGUAAACACAACGAAACGCGUACCAAAAAGGUUCUAGAAAUCGUUGGUUUGCCUUGGUUCCUGGAAAUCCUCGAUUCAGAAGAUGCAAAUCGAGUUAAUGUAGUUGAACAUUGUAUGCAAACUAUCAUUAAUGCAUUUUCCGGAAUGGAAAACAAACGGGAUACCAAACCAAAAAAGGAACUAAUCGAUAGAAAUAAAAAACAAAUAGAUACCCUUUUAACUUGCCUUGUAUACGCUCUAAAUAACAGAUUAAUUUCUGGUUUAGCUAGAGACGCAUUGAUUGAACUUAUCAUGAGGAACAUUAAUUACGAUCAACUUUCUUGGGCCGAACAAUUGGUGAACAUAGGAGGAGUGGAAAGAUUAAUGGAAUGCGCCAGCGAGCUUGAAGAAUACAAAUAUGAGAGCUCCAUGAACAUAACAUCGUCUACAAGAACCGUCGCAGCCGUAUGCUUGGGAAGAAUUUACGAAAACAUGUACUAUGAUGCUUUGAAAGAAAAAUUUAGGGAAAAAAUUGAGAAUUUUAUCAAAGAUAAGCUGUUGACACCAGAUAUAGAGUCUAAGGUUCGGGUUACGGUCGCUUUAACUGCGCUAUUAAGAGGACCUUUGGAUGUUGGAAACGCUUUAAUAGGCAAAGAAGGUAUCAUGGAAAUGAUUCUGGUUAUGGCAAAUACAGAAGACGAGUUGCAACAAAAAGUUGCAUGCGAGUGUAUUAUAGCAGCAGCUAGUAAGGCCGAUAAAGCUAAAGCUAUUAUAAGUCAAGGAAUUAACAUUUUAAAACAGCUGUAUAAAUCCAAAAAUGACCAUAUAAGGAUAAGAGCUUUAGUUGGAUUGUGUAAAUUGGGCAGUUCUGGUGGUACAGAUGCAUCUUUGAAACCGUUCGCCGAAGGUUCGUCGUUAAAAUUAGCGGAAGCUUGCAGACGAUUUCUUUUGCAUCCAGGCAAGGAUAACGAUAUUAGAAAAUGGGCAGCGGAAGGUUUGUCCUAUCUAACAUUAGAUGCCGAAGUAAAAGAAAAACUAAUAGAAGAUAAACCCGCCCUACAGGCGCUCGUAGAACUUGCUAAAACCGGUGAUCAAUCAGUUCUAUUCGGAGUUAUAACGACUUUAGUUAAUCUAUGUAACGCUUACGAUAAGCAAGAAGUUAUUCCAGAAAUGCUGGAAUUGGCUAAAUUUGCCAAACAACAUAUUCCAGAAGAACACGAAUUGGAUGACCCGGAUUUCGUGACGAAGCGAAUAUUAAUACUUGGACAUGCCAAUGUCACCACAGCUUUAGUAUCGUUAGCAAAAACAGAAAGCGAUAACUCAAAAGAAUUAAUAGCCAGAGUAUUUAACGCUAUGUGCAGUGAACAAGAGUUGAGAGGGGUAGUUGUCGCUCAGGGUGGCAGUAAAGCAUUACUAUCCCUAGCUUUAAACGGUACUGAAAAGGGAAAAAGACAAGCAGCUCAAGCUUUAGCGAGGAUAGGUAUUACUAUGAAUCCCGAAAUAGCUUUUCCAGGACAAAAGAGCUUGGAAGUAAUUCGACCGUUACUCAAUUUGUUACAUCCGGACUGUACUGGUUUGGAAAAUUUUGAGGCUCUUAUGGCUCUUUGCAAUAUGGCUCAAGUUAGCGAAACGGCUAGGAUGAGAAUAAUUAAGGAAGGAGGAUUUGGAAAAAUCGAACAAUAUAUGUUUGAGGAUCAUCAACAAAUUUCACGAGCCGCUGUGCAGUGUAUGUGUAAUAUGACGCAAUCGGAAGAGGUUAUUAAGAUGUUUGAAGGGGAAAAUGACAGGGUCAAGUUUGCCGUAGCUUUAUGCCUUGAUGAAGACAAAGACACUGCAAUGGCAGCUGCUGGAAUGCUCGCAAUAAUAACUGGCGCAAGCAAAAAAUGUUGCGAGAAGGUUUUUGAUUCUAAAAAUUGGCUCGAUUGUCUUCAUUGUCUUUUAGCUAAUCCUUCAUUGGAUAUGCAAUACAGAGGAGUUUGUGUGACGUAUAAUAUUCUUUCGUCUUCCAAAGAGGUAGCGGAGAAAUUAAUACAGACUGAUGUUCUUGAAAUCCUAAUGGCUUUAUCGAAGUUAACUCCUUGCGAUGGCCGGGAAAAAAUUGUAGAAAUUGCUGGAUUGGCCUUACAAGAAGCAGAAAAAUGGGGAGUUAUCAAAAAACCGGGAGAAGAUGACGAUUAACUUGAUUGAGAUAUUUAUAUUAUUCAUUAACUGAUGAGUACAUUUAAUAACAAAAUAUAAAAAAGUUUUCGGGUUUGUAAAACUACCCUCUAGUAAUUGUAACCAGCAUUUAGUAUUGUACUUGUGUGUAAUCGCUUUAGUAGAUGUAUCUACUGAAUAUUUUAUUAUAUUUAUAUAAGAAUAUUUAUUGCUGUUGUUAAUAUUCUACAAAGUGCCUUGUUUAAAGAAAGAUGAAGAUUAUAUAACUUGUUUAAUGUUUGAAUUUAUCAAAUUAAUAUGUUUUGUCUAUCUAAUACUUACCCUCACCUUCAACUAGAAGGCUUUCAACAAUUAGAUUUGAAGUGUGCAUGACACGAAAAAAUUGGACCAUCUAAUUGCGACAGGAAAUUCUUCCUCUGUUUACUAGAUGAGGUGAAAAACCAUUUUAAUGUUUAAUGUCUACUAUACAUAAGUUGAGACAAAAAAAUAUAAGGAAAAUAAUGAAUAGAAAAUUCGAAGAACUAAAAAAAGAAAUAACGCUAGAAAAAACAUGGAAUUUAUUCAAAGCAAUAAUUUAUGGAGAAGAGGAAGGACUUUAAAAAAGAAAACGCCAUAAAACCAGGGAUAUGGUUAAGCAGAAAAAGGCAACAUGGAGGAAUUACAUUGAAAAUAAAAGUGAAGAAAAUAAGGAGACAUACAAAAUAGACAAUAAUAGAAACUUUUUGAACAAAAUCAGAGCAAUGAGAUGAACAAAGGAAAGGAAAUAAGAAUAAUCAGAAAAAAGAAAGGAUAUAAAAGUAAAAAUGCAAGGCAUAUUGGAGACUGGGGAGAAAAUCAAAAAAGGAUAUGACCUAAUGUGCGAAAACUACUGAGCAAUAUGCUUAUCAUCAGUUGGCUCAAAAACAUAUACGAGAAUGGAGAUAAGGAAAUAUAUUUAUGAGAAAAUGGGGAAAAUGCACAUAGAAAAGGAAAGCAAACUAUAAACAACAUAUACAUAUUAAAGGAAAUUAAACAGGAAAAAGAAUUACAUAUAUUCAUUGAUUUGAAAGAAUUGUAUGGGAUAAUAUGAGGAAAAUUGGAAUCCCUAGAAAAAUAACAGAAGGAAUAUUUGAAAACGUAAAAGGAAAUAUAUGGAGAUAAGAAUAAAAUAAGAAGAUAGUCUUCAGUUCAGUUAUAGUUGUCACGGAUAGGAUGAUAAAAAAAUAAAAGAAGAACUAUAAACUGGAGAUAAUUAUUGCCUACAGAAAUCUAGAACUGGUAAAACUACUUAUUAGCUUAUACAUACAAUACAGUAAUAGUAGCAGGUACAUUUAAGAAAAAGGAGACAUAUGGAUAAAAAUAAUACAAGAGAAUUUAAGUAAAUAUUGAAAAAUGCAAAAGGAUAGUAAUAAAUCAAAAAGGACAAAGAAUAGAUAAGAGUGACCACUUUUGAAUAUCUGGGAAUCAUUUUUAUAGAAGAACAAAAAUAAGAUCGCGAACAGAAUAAGAAAAGUAAAUCAAUUAUGCUAUGCUCUUAAUAAGACAAUUUUCGUAAAAAAGAAAUAGGAGAACACAUAAAACCAAAAGUACACAACUGGAUAAGUGUACCCACGUUAAUAUAUGGAAGUGAAACUUGGGUUAAGAAAAGGUACAGAGUAAAAGUGACCGAAGGCAAAAGACAUAAGAAAGGAAAACUUGGCUACAAGUAGCACAGGAAGACAAGAGAAAAAAUACAGCAGAUGAAUGAAGUAGCAAUCGGAAAGAGUGGAAAAAAUGAGAAAAAUAAAAUGAAUACUAAAAUCCCAUUACUUUGACCUUCAAAAUGGCAUAAAAUUGUUAAGAUAAAUUUUUCUUUUUGUAUAUUGCUAGUAUUAAUGUACUACUGAAUUUGUAUAAAGUGUAGGAUUCUAUGGAGAAAAUAAUGAAAUAGUCAUGAAAAUGUCAUAUUAGAUGCCACAAAUAUUAUACCUAUACUUCUUGCAUCUGUUAAUAUUUUUUGCUAUUGAAUUAUAUCGUGACAACUUCACUACCAAAUUUAUAUGUACUAACCACCAACUGACUGUUUACUUACUGGUCUUACUGUACUUUAUCAACAUAUUGCUGAAAACACUGUUUACACUACACCAACACUCACAAUUACACUUUUUACUUAGUUCACCUUCAGUCUUUGAAGAUGAUAACUUGGUGAACGAAACAAGCGUCAGACAGUGUAAUUGUCAGUGUUGGUGUAGUGAUAGCGUCAA